AUGGACAAUGGCAUUGAUAUGAUAGGGUUUACAAACACCUACAAGGCCUUUGAGGCCGAGAGCAAGUCAGAUAAAGACAAGGGAUUUCAGGCAGAGAAAAUCAUCGAAGAGCUAUUCUCAGCCAUUACUGCCAUGGAUUUGAAUUCAUUGCUGGAAUAUUGGCGAUACCUUGAUAUACGAUAUUUCUCACGUCUAGAUCAUCGCUUUUCAGGGAGUGUUAAAAAAUUCGAACUAUGUCUUCUAAGAUAUUAUCUUGUCUAUGCAAUACAGCACAAGAGAAGAGAUAAAGUAGUCGAGUUCUUUGAUAUUCACGGAGCAGAGCUUCAGGGCAAUCCUGAAUGGGUGCGUUGGUUUGCAUUACCCUUCUCAAAAAAACCAGAAGUAGAUCCAGAGUUUGAUGUAUUCUUUUCAAAGGCGUGGCUUGAUACAUUUACGGUGUCAUUACAUAACUUUCUCAGCACUGUCUUCCAGAAUAUGCCACUGCCAAGUCUUCUAUGUUUCAACAUCGAUAGAUUGCACAGGAAAGCACUUCAAUGCGAGGUUGAGACUUUGCAGGGUAUGAUCGAGAACUUGCGUAAAGAAAUACAGUCGAAUGAUGCAGAAAUAUCGUCUUUGAGAGAUCAGGUAGCAUUGAAAAAGGUCACAGGCGCCAGGAGGCGACGAGCAGCAUCUAUGGUAGAACCACAGUUGAUUAUCAACGCGGACGGUAGUAUGAAGGGUGGUACUAUUCCGAAACGAUCUGGCUCACAGUCCUCGCAGGUGUCACAAACAAGUCGACUGGCAAUAACGAAUGCGAGACGCCUCCGUGCGGCAUCAGAUGCAGCAUCUUUUGCAAAAUCGGACAGUGAUAUUGCAUUGCUUUCAGAUUCAGCUUCAGAGGAAGGAGAUUCUGUAAAAGGAUCAGAAGAAAAAGUAGCAGGAGAAGAAGGAAGAAGAGAUGGAGGAGCAGAAGAAAUUGAGGCAGAGGGGGCAGUAGUGGGAGGAGUCGAACAACCUUUUAUCAUUGUGUCUCAAGAGAUCUUUUUAGAACAUCAAUCUGGAAUUACUCAUGCGAAAUUCUCUUGUGAGGGUACUUUGAUUUCAAGCUGUGAUACAGAGAACAUUGUGAGGAUAUGGGCGUACAAUGGAUCGAGCGCCAUGUCACCUGCAAAGAUUACAAACACGAACAAUAUUCUAUCACUGGCCUGGGAGACCCGUGAUCGAUAUAUCUUCUUGGGCACCGAUGUGAAUUUGAUCCGCUGCUUCAGUUUAGACUCGAGGUCGGUAGUGCAUGAAAUCAAAACCGAUACUCAAUUCCCAAGAAUUAGAUAUUUAGCGUAUUCUCCGGUAGAGCCUGUCCUCGUAUGUGCUGUAGCUAAUAGCGACGAUACUUCUGGAGCAUUAUUGUCGAUCAAUAUGAAAUCCAUGAAUACUGAGCACAUUGUGCUAUUGAAUGGUGGGGCAGCAGAUGUGAUUAAUGCAGUUGGAUUCAACCACAACGGACAACUGCUUGUUACUGGGGAUGUCGGAGGAAUGAUUAAGAUUUAUGAUAUCCGAUCAUUGACACAGAUCAUGGAAUGGAGUGCAUCUGGGCAACCGAUCUUGUCUUGCACAUUUAGCUUUGAUGAGACAUCGAUUUAUAGCGUUGAUGCGCAAGGCCGGCUUUCACAGGAUUCGAUACAUAAACCAGAUCAUAGGGUUGAUUCAUAUCCAUUGCAGGGGUUUACAUCCUCUACACUAUCGUCAGCGAUAGUCACAUCAUCUUCGAAUAGUGUUCAUUCAGCGGGUGGAAAUAGUAUACGAUCCAAGACGUUUGUUCGUACUGCUUCCAUUGGACAUGCUCCUAGAAUACAACUAGAGAGUUCUGGAGGCACUAUUUCAGGUGUAUCCGGUAUUGGAAUCGACAGUGGAAAUGGACAGGAAGGAGAAGGAAGCUCAUCAUCCACUAGUACUGCUGCUACUGUUGCUGGAAGCAAAGCUUCUAAUAGCAAAUACUUUACCAGUAGCGCUCUGGCGAGCAUGAAUGUUGGGCCAGGUCAACUUUUGGGCUGGAGUGGUGAUACCGAUCACCUUGUGAUGGCAUGUGGAAAUGCAGGCGUCAUAGUCCAGACCAAUUCAGGGCAGCAAGUACAACCAUUGCUAGGUCAUUCCCACCCCUUGACAUGUGUAGACUGGUCUGCAGUUGUUGGAGCGUGUCUCACUGGAUCAGCUGAUGGAACUGUUCGGAUUAGCAAACUCAUGCGCAUCUGAGGCUCUGAUAGUUUUUUUU